AUGGAAGCAUCAAACGAAACUGAGAUUUGUAGCGGGGGAGAUUUUGUGAUUGACUUCACGGAUGACGCCGCUGCGAGUUUCUGGACCCGUUCCGAAAACGAGAUCUUACUGGCCUACAUCGGGGUACCUCUAGCCGUCGCCAUCGGAGUGCCGGGUAACUUGGCGUUCCUCUUCACCCUCUUCAGAGUCAAAGAAAUGCAGACCAUCACCAAUUUUUACUUAGCAAACUUGGCCGUGUCUGACCUCCUCUACAUUUCAUUAUUCGCUGGUUAUAACACCGGGGCUUACUUCAUUGCACCCGAUGUCGCCAAUACUUUUGUUGUUACGUCGUGGCUUGGGUGCGCGGUGGUAACUUUCUCCCUUGAUGUUCUCUACUUCGGCUCUAACUUGAUGGUGACCCUGGUAGCCAUUGAGCGAUUCUACGCCAUCUGCCACCCUCUGAAGAGCAGGCAGUCGAGAAGCUCAGGCCGUGCGUUGUUACUGGUCACCAUAUUCUGGGCGGUGGCCAUAGGAUGUUCAUUCGCAGUGGUGUCCCGCAUGUCAAGGUACCGUACCGGCUGCGUCAUUUGGCCUGAAGAUGACGACGGUAACAGUGGCACGCGUCCAAGCACCGUUAACUUCUGCUUGCCUGGAGAACCGUGGGUCACCCUCUGCACCCAGAUUCUGUACGUCGGGUUCUGGACAAUCGGUGUGCUCGUGAACAGUUAUAUGUACUACCGUAUCGUUCGUCGCCUGGGCCUGCACACUUUCGCCACAUCGGCCGACGGAGGCAAUCAGCAAGCCGAGAAGAAGAAAAAAGUUCGUCGACAAGUUGCCAAGAUGUUGAUUAUCAGCAGCAUUGUUUACUUCUUACUUCAGUCUCCUCGAGUCAUCAUUCUGAACGUCUUGGGCCUGAUCAAAGCAGCUAGCGGUAUAACCAUAGUGCAGCAAGGGCAGGUAACCAUCAUGUGGCCCAUCACCGUGUUUCUCUCACUGGUUAACUCCGCCGUUAACCCGAUCAUCUACAACACGACCAAUGCUCGCUACAGGGCGGCAAUCUUGCAGGCGUUUGGCUGCUCUACUUGCAGAGGUGUAGACCGCCAACCGUCAACCACAGCGGCUACUGUGUCAUCAAGAGUGGCAGAGCAGAUUGAGUCCAACCCAGCAAACUCCGAUCAACCAAAUGUGGAAUAG